AUGGCAGGCACGACACAAACGGCUGUGCUCAGGCGCAGCGCCCGUAAUGCUAAGCAAAGUGACAUGAUCUCCGGAGCCAAGCAUACUUUGACGCAGUCCGCCGUGGCAAGCCGAAGGCAAGGGGGGCCAAAGCGUGAGGCUGCUUACUCUUCGUCGCUCAAAUCUGAACCGGCCAGCCGCAGCAAGCGCAUCAAGGUUGAGCCAUCGCCUACGCCGGAGCCGCGGGAUCAUGACCGCGAUACCAAAUACCCGGUCAAGAACGAAGCCGACGCCCUGUCACGCGUCGGGACAGCCGCAAAAUCGACGUCCGAAGCUCUUCGUGCUCGCAAACUCAAGUCGUUUUCUGAACACUCCUGCCGUUCCCCAUUCCCAGGAUUCGGACGUCCCACGCCACAAGAGUGCUCGCUCGCGCACCGGGUUCUCGCUGACCUGCACGGCGAACGCGUCCGUCCAGACAAGGUCGUGGCACCAACAGCGACUGCCGGCUGCGGCGCCUCGCCGUCGGUGCUCGACGCGCUUGUCCGCACGAUCCUGUCCCAAAAUACGAGCGACAAGAACAGCUCGCGGGCCAAGCAGAGCAUGGACAACGCCUACGGCGGCAGCGACAAGUGGGAGGCCAUCGUGGAAGGGGGCCAGGCCAGGCUGCAGCAGGUGAUCCAGUCGGGAGGACUGAGUGUCGUCAAAUCCAAGGUGAUAAUCAGCAUCCUGCAACAGGCCAAGGUUAAACACGGCUCGUACUCGCUCGACCACCUGUUCUCGGCUUCCGACGACGAUGCCAUGCGAGAAUUGCUGUCAUUCCAAGGGGUUGGCCCGAAAACGGCCAGCUGCGUCCUCCUUUUUUGCCUCCAACGACCGAGCUUCGCAGUCGAUACCCACGUCUACCGCAUCACUGGUCUCCUGGGUUGGCGCCCUUCCGGUGCCAGUCGUGAGGAGUCGCAGGCGCACCUCGAUGCCACGGUCCCGGACGACGAAAAGUAUCCGCUCCAUGUGCUGAUCAUCAACCAUGGUAAGAAAUGCGAAGAGUGCAAGGCUGGAGGAAAGAACCUCGGCAAGUGCCAGCUACGGAGAGCGUUCAGGAAGGGUGCCCUGGAGGACCUGGCGGGAGAGGAGCUCAAGGCUGAAAUGAGUGGUCAUGUCAAACGCGAGGAGGAAUAG